AUGGAGUUUUCAUAUGUUGCAUCACAUUUGGCGAAAAGGCCUUCUAUGACUAUUGAUGAGCAAAAGAUGUUUGAGAGGUUCAGACUAAUGAAUCCUCCUACUUAUACUAGUGAAUUAACUGAGGAUGCAUAUGAAUUUAUAAGGGAGAGCAAGAGGACCGAGUUUGAGGGUUUGCAGCAAGGUAGUAUGUCAAUGGUAGAGUAUGAGGGUAAAUUUCAUGCCUUGGCUAGGCAUGCUUCGAUUAAACUUCCCACAGAGGCUGAGAGAAAAGAGGUAGAUGCUGCAAAGGAGUUGGAGAUGAUUCGGCGUGAGGGAUUUGAGCAGCGUGAAGGCAAGAGGACUCGUUAUUCAGGUGAUUAUGGUGGUUCUCCGCCUAGGAGUCGAGGUUACUUGGGAAGAGGUUGUCCCCCUCAGUCCAGCAGACCCAUUCAUACUUCUAUACCAGCCUCUAAGCUUUGUUACACUGGGUAUAGCUCUUCGAGCUUAGUGCAUACUUCACAGGGUUCAUCUUCUAGACCCGUAGUUUGUGGAGGGCAUUCUAGUAAUUCAGGUUCAUCUCGUCAGCCUGCACCUCGUAGGGGUUGUUUGGAGUGUGGUGAUAUGGGACACUAUGUGAGAGAUUGUCCUAGGACCAGGCGUGAUGGGUUACAUCAGGGUUGUUACACUUCGACUUUCAAGGCUGCACAACCUCCAGCUAGGGGUGGUGCACAGAGUGGUAGAGGUGGUUCUUACUCAGGUAGAGGUUGUUCAUCUUCUGGUCGAGGUGGUGGUCGUGGAAAUUCACAAUAUGAGGGAAGUCGUUUUCACUGUUAUGGUUUUCUGGGUAGGACAGAGGCUGAGGCUUCAGAUGCUGUUAUCACAGGCAUUAUUCUGGUUUGUCAUCGACCAACUACUGUAUUUUUUGAUCCAGACUCUACUUAUUCUUAUGUGUCCACAUAUUUUGCUCCUAGUCUAGAUAUAUUAUCUGAGUCUCUUGAUUUGCCGAUACAUGUUUCUACUCUUGUCGGGGAUUCUGUUGUUUUUGAUUGGGUGUAUCGAUUAUGUAUUGUUACCUUGAUGGGGUAUGCCACUCAUGUAGAUUUAAAGAGAGGAUGUUUGGCUUACUUGGCACACAUUCGAGAUACUAAUGUUGAGACUCCUAUGCUUGAGUCUAUUCUAGUGGUGAGUGAAUUUUCAGAGGUAGUCCCUACCGAUUUGCCAAGUCUUCUACAAGAUUAUGAUAUUGAUUUUUGUAUUUAUGUGGAGUCGGGAACUCAGCCUAUUUCAAUUCCUCCUUAUCAUAUGGCAUCGUCUGAAUUUAAAGAGUGGAAGGAGCAUUUGAAGGAUUUGUUGAGCAAAGGUUUUAUUUGA